AUGAGUGAACUGGCCGAACGGGUGCUCAACGGCGAAUUGCGCGCGCUGUCGCGGGUCCUGACCCUGCUGGAACGCGGCGAUCCGGCGGCGGCAGAGGCGAUGGCCCGACUGGACCCGCAUACCGGAGCGGGAUACGCGGUAGGGAUCACCGGCCCGCCGGGGGUCGGGAAGAGCACACUGGUAGACCGUUUGGCGGAACACCUGCGCGGAUUGGGCCUGACAGUGGGCAUCCUGGCAGUUGACCCGACGAGUCCGUUUACCGGCGGGGCGUUGCUGGGUGACCGGAUCCGAAUGCAACGGCACUACCUGGAUGACGGAGUGUUCAUCCGCAGCGUGGCGACGCGGGGACAAUCCGGGGGACUGCCACGCAUCGUGAAGAGCAUGGUCCGGGCACUGGAUGCGGCCGGCAAGGAUGUGACGUUAGUAGAGACGGUGGGCGUAGGACAAACGGAACUGGGGAUCAUGGGCGUUGCGGACACGGUGGUGGUGGCAAUGACGCCCGAGUCGGGGGAUUCAAUACAAACAUUGAAGGCUGGCGUCAUGGAGAUCGCCGAUCUUUAUGUAAUCAACAAGGCCGACCGGGACGGAGCCAAUCAUCUAUCCGCGGCGGUGACGGCAAUGUUGCACAUGGCGGACCUCAGCGACGGAUGGAACCCACCGGUGCUGCUGACUCAGGCUUACGCGAGUGUUGGGAUCAGCGAGCUAUGGGACAGCGUGAUCGCCCACCGCGACUACCUGAGCGACACGGGCGGACUGGACAAUAGACGGGCCGAGCGGCGGCGGUCGGAGUUCCUGGAAACGGUGCAGGAAGAACUGUACCGGCGGAUCCGGGAACGGCUGGAUGACGACGCGGAGUUGGGCGAGCUGCUGAGGCAGAUCGACGGAAAGACGGCGGAGCCAUACGGAGCGGCGAUGGGGUUGCUGCGGGGUGCGGAGUUCGGGCAAUUCGCCAGCGAAGCAGCCGGCCACUAA